AUGCGCCCUUCCAUCCUCAUCGCCUCCCUCCUCGCCGGCAUCGCCGUAGCCGUUCCCUACACAGGUCCCUGCCAAACCACAAACUGCGGCGUCGACCGCCUCGACUGCACAAAUAAGGGCCACCUCUGCGUCGCGUAUCCCGAUUCCGACCCAUCGCGCAGGCUGGGCUGCACCUGCAGCAGUGGAGUUUGUUUAUGA